ACAAUAUGAAGAGGAUGUUGUUAAAGAGCCCCGCUAUCGUGGCAAGCACACCCCGCCUGGGUGCACUGGCUUCAAUGCGCGCCGCAAAAGAACCUAGAAGCGCGUCGCAUGCGAGCGUUUGUUGAGCAGCGUAGAAUCCGCGCACCAAAGCAGUUUAACCCGCGUCCUGUCAAAGCCUAGAGGAGCAGGUACUCGGCAAUUGCCACUUACAGUGCCUGCAAGAUCGCCGCUACCAGACCGCAAUUUGCUUCCUCGCGACAUAGUCCUACUUAACCAGCGGUGUACCCCGCCAGCACACGCCUCGACAUUUUUCACACUUCGCCCCUUUACACAAUCCACCACACGCAGCCAUGGCUUCCCGUCCCCAGAACAUCGGCAUCAAGGCCAUCGAGCUCUACUUCCCUAGCCAGUGCGUCGACCAGGCCGAGCUCGAGAAGUUCGAUGGCGUCUCCCAGGGAAAAUACACAAUUGGCCUCGGUCAGACCAAGAUGUCCUUCUGCGACGACCGCGAGGACAUGUACUCGCUCGCCCUGACCACCGUCUCCUCGCUGUUCAAGAAGUACAACAUUGACCCCAAGAACAUUGGCCGCCUUGAGGUCGGUACCGAGACUCUGCUCGACAAGUCCAAGUCGGUGAAGUCGGUCCUCAUGCAGCUGUUUGAGGAAUCCGGCAACUUCAACGUCGAGGGUGUUGAUACCGUGAACGCGUGCUACGGAGGCACCAACGCCCUAUUCAACAGCGUCAACUGGAUCGAAUCCUCAGGAUGGGACGGCCGUGACGCCGUUGUUGUGGCUGGCGAUAUUGCGUUGUACGCGAAGGGCAACGCGCGUCCUACGGGCGGAGCGGGCUGUGUGGCUAUGCUUAUCGGCCCCGACGCCCCUAUCGUGAUGGAGCCGGGUCUGCGCGGCAGCUACAUCACCCAUGCGUACGAUUUCUACAAGCCCGACUUUACCAGCGAGUACCCUGUUGUCGACGGACACUUCUCGCUCCGCUGCUACACCGAGGCUGUUGAUGCGUGCUACAAGGCCUACAACGCCCGUGAGCAGACGCUCAAGAGCCAGGCUAACGGUGCCAACGGCGUCAAUGGUCACUCCCAGGAGUUGGAGACGCCGGUAGACCGUUUCGACUACAUGUGCUUCCACGCGCCUACCUGCAAGCUCGUAGCCAAGUCGUACGCGCGCUUGCUCUACAACGAUUACUUGGUCAACCCGUCGAAUCCCAUCUUCGCUGAGGUGCCUGCCGAGCUCCGGGAUCUUGAUUACGCCACGUCCGUCACGGAUAAGGCAGUGGAGAAGACCUUCAUGGGUCUUGCCAAGAAGCGUUUCAACGCUCGCGUUCAGCCCAGCAUUGAGGUCCCUACCAUGUGCGGUAACAUGUACUGUGGUAGCGUCUACGGCAGUCUGUGCUCGCUCCUUGCCAACCUCAAUGGCGAGAACUCCACUGGCAAGCGCGUUGGUAUGUUCAGCUACGGCAGUGGUCUCGCUUCAUCCCUGUUUUCUUUCAAGAUCAACGGUAGCAUUACCGAGCUCCAGAAGCAGCUUGAUGUCAAAAACCGCCUCGAGAACCGCCGUGUUGUCGCCCCUGAGGUCUACGAUGAGAUGUGCCAGCUCCGCGCACGUGCCCACUUGAAGAAGGACUACAAGCCUGAGGGCCAGGUCGACACCCUCUUCCCGGGCACCUACUACCUCACCGGCAUCGACAGCAUGUUCCGACGAACGUACGAGAUUAAGCAGUAGAUACGCAUUUUCGAUUCCUUGGUUCGCUGCAUAUGAGCAUUUGCAGGAGUCCAUUUCACGAUUCAAUUUAAGUCUCGUCAGCUGCAAGAUCCUUAUACCCCUUCGAGGCUUUUAGAACUCUGCUCGAGAGAAAGCAUGGGGAUGAUGAUGGUAAGACGAUUUUACGUUUGGGACGGGCUGGUAUCGGAGGAUGUAAUGUCAGGUUUUGGUAUAUGAGAACUGGAUAGCUAUUAC